CAUCCCGUCUCAUAUGUCUUACUAGGACCCCUGCCUCAUUCAGUGCCCAGAAUGAACCAGCUCUGAGGAUGAAUCAAGUGACCCAAGAUGUGGCUGACUGUAGUUGUGACAUGUUUGAUCCAUGAAACUGUGUCAACGCAAGGACUUGUUGGUGAUAACACACCUUUUAAUCCUGAAACAUUUAUGAAUAUUAGUGAGAUCGUCACCUACUGGGGAUACCCCAGUGAAGAGUAUGAUGUUGUGACAGUGGAUGGCUAUAUACUUAGUGUUAACAGAAUACCGCAUGGAAAAGUACAUACUGACAACACAGGUCCGAAGCCUGUUGUAUUUCUGCAGCAUGGUUUACUUACAGAUGGCAGCACCUGGCUCACCAAUAUGGCUAAAAACAGCUUGGGCUUCAUUCUGGCAGAUGCAGGCUAUGAUGUUUGGAUAGGAAAUAGCAGAGGGAACACCUGGUCUAAACGACAUGUAACCCUUUCAGUGCACCAAGAGAAAUUCUGGGCUUUCAGCUUUGAUGAAAUGGCUAAAUAUGACCUUCCAGCAUUGAUUGAUUUUAUUGUGAGGAAAACUGGACAAGAGCAGGUAUAUUAUGUUGGCCAUUCACAAGGCACCACUAUAGCUUUCAUAGCAUUUUCAACCAUGCCCCAGCUGGCUCAGAGAAUCAAAAUGUACUUUGCCUUAGCUCCUGUAGCCACAGUGAAAUAUGCCAAAUCCCCAUUGACAAAGCUUGCAUUACUUCCCAAUUCAGUUAUCAAGAUUUUAUUUGGGAAUAAAGAUUUCUUACCCCACAAUUACUUUGGUGAGGUGGCUGCUGCUGAAUUUUGUAGCCAUGAGAUAUUAUCAGAGAUUUGUGGUAAUGUCCUGUUUGUGCUGUGUGGAUUUAAUGAGAAGAACUUAAAUAUGAGCCGAGUUCAUGUGUAUACAGCACAUGCCCCAGCGGGAACAUCUGUACAAAAUAUGAUUCAUUGGAAACAGGCAAUUGAAACUGGUAAACUUAAAGCUUAUGACUGGGGAAUCCUGUUCAACCGUUUGCACUAUAAUCAGGAUACUCCUCCCUUAUACAAUGUGAAGCACAUGCCAGUCCCAACUGCAAUGUGGAGUGCUGGAAAUGACUUGCUUGCUGACCCUAGGGAUGUUGCCCUUUUGCGUCAACAAGUCACUAAUCUGGUUUACCACAAGGCGAUUCCUGACUGGAACCAUCUGGAUUUCAUCUGGGGCCUCGAUGCACCUAAGCGGAUGUAUAAUGAAAUCCUCGACUUGAUGAGGAAAAACCUAUGAAAAUAAUGAUCCGUGAAAAUAAUGUGGCUGUAGGAUCAAGGCUUUGAUUAAUUUCUGUUUAUAUCUGUUUUUCUUGAGCUUUUUUAAUGAACUACAAAACUAUUUGCACAUAAUGGUCUAUAUUCACUAUAUUUACUUUAAUAAGAUUUUCUUUAAUGAUCUUGAAUAUUAGGUCAGCGACACAUACAUAUCCAAAAAAGUCAUUGAAUUAGCAAAGUAUAUUUUUAAAGCAUCACACACAAGUUUUAAGUCUUCUGUUUUCUAAAGUAUGUGUCAUAAAUUAAAUACAUCAUGGAUAGGAGAGUAGAUCUGCUUCCAAGAUGAUUUUCUUAGCUGGUGUCUGGAUGACCUUUUUCUAUAAGGUGAAUUGAAUGCAAGGGUGACAACUGAUACAUGUGUCUAGACUAGACACGCAAUCACAAUGCCCAAAUUCAGAAAAGCACCCAAGCUGUUUCUUACUUUUAAAUGUGUAAUUCCUUUGAUGUCACUGGAACUACACUGAUUUUAAUGCAGCUGUGGAUCUGGGCCAGACUUUAUUUCUUGGUCCCAGUCACCUACCUAGGGUCAGGGUCAAUACUCCUGUCACAUCACCAAAAGUCAUUCUGCACUAAUCCCAGUGAUUAUCAAUACAGACCGUGAAGAGAUCCAAUAGGCAUGUCUUUUUAUUGUCCCCUUGAAAAAGAAGGUAGUGGAAAAAGGCUAUGAUAAGGA